UACUGUCGAGAUAGGACGUAUUUACUAGUGGCUAAUAACGAAGAAGUAUUAUACAAUUCGAUUAUAUAAAUGUAAAGUGUACAACGUGUACGUGUAUUUCGAAUUAAUUUUGAAAAAGUGGACAAUUCCAAAGCGUAUCCGACUAAAAGGUUUCACUUUGAAGCAUUGCUCCAAAUCAUAGUUCCAUCUAAGCAAAAACAAUUUCUAACAAUUUCAACUAAGGAAAAAAAAUCUUAUCUCAAAUGGCUGAACAGGUUCCUAAUGAAGAUCAAGUAAUACUGCUCGACAACAUUGAUGGAAUUACUGAUAAACAGUACAUAGAUGUAAUUGCUCAAAUAAUCGGUCUCGAUAACAUCAAACAUAUAUUACGAAACAUUAAUGAACCUGUGCAAAUAUUUCUUAGUGAUAAAGAAAUAGUAGACAAUCUUCUAUAUUAUAACAACAUAGUAAACAUUGGAAUGAACUAUCUGAGGAUACGUCCGUUAGUUCCAAGAUCAAAACGAAUUCUCUUAUUUGACGUGUAUCCAACAAUUCCAUCCUUUAUUAUAGAAAGGGAACUCUUCAAUUUAAAUAUUCAACUAACUUCGCAAAUAACGUUCAUGCAGCAAAAUGACGAUCCCAAUUACGCUCAUAUAUUUGGCUCGAAUCGAGAGAUGUACAUUCGACUCGAGGAUGUAUUAAAAUUACCAGAAAUACUUGAGAUACAAUACAAGGAUACAAAGUACUUGAUCCGCUUAUCAAUUGAUAUAACUACGACUAAAGAAGAACAUACCAGGAACUGGGGUGGAUUGGACAAUGGGAACUGCAAAAAGAAAGUAAGAAAUUCAAUUUCAGAUCCUCAACCUAGCACAUCGCAAACUGCUGAAGUUAUUAUACUGUCUCCAGAUCCACAACUCUACACCGACUUACCAUCGACGUCAUCACCAUCAUUAGCCAAAAAUAAUUGUCAAAAGGUUCCAUCAAAAAUGAAAGGAGAAAAAGUAAAGAAUACCAAAGUCAAACGUAAAAUUUCAACUCCAAAACCAAAACUAAAAUAUCAAAUCUAUCAAAACUUACUACCGGCUGAACAAUUUAUUAUGAAGAAUACGGAAAGAUAUGGGAGGCUCCAUUUUCAAAAUAUUUAUGAAUUAAUAUGUGAUACCUUUAGAAAUCCUAAAAGUGUUCUUGAAAUUGUUGCGAAUUAUAGGGCGGAUAUUCUCACCCUCAUUGAUUUACUGUCAAACGUUAAAGAUUAUGUUACAGAACGAUCCUUAAAAUCUCGAAUCAAUAAAAUAAUUGAUCAUCUAAAAAAGAAAAGAACCUAGUAACAAUUACUAAUUAAAUUUAAAUUAUCAUUACUACUAAAUAUAUGUACAUAAUCAAAUUUAUGAGAAAAGGGAU